GCGCGAGAAAGACGCUCCGAAGCGAUUCGCCCAGUUGGAUCCGCAGGAUGCGGCGCUCGACGUCUGCAUCCAAGCGCGCGCGCUCGCCAACGGAGUCGCCCCAGCCAGACAGCAUCUCCCCAAAGCGGCAGGAGAGACGACCGCCUACUGCUGCACCGUUGUCGCGUGACCACAGCCUGACACGUGAUACUCAAUCUGAACCACCGAUGCUGCCCCUGGGAAAGAUGCCGGCCUUCUUGCAAUUAUCUGAAGAAGAAACCCUACAAAAAUUCAAAGAGCUAAACUGGCUCGAGAGGACCAGAGCAGCAGAUGGCCGCACCACCGAGGACUCCAAAUGGGCUCGCUGCGACGAAGACAAGACAGCCGGCCUCGACCGCUUCGGCGACAUCUUCGUCUGGAAGAACAACCGCGUGAAGCUGCACGUCCCCUCCGAGAUGAACGACUACAUCAACGCCUCCCCCAUCAUCAUGAAAAGCCAUCGCACCUCACUCCAAAGCAAAUACAUCGCCAUGCAAGGCCCCAAGCAAUGCACCACCGACCACGUCUGGCGCAUGGCAUGGCACGAGCUUGCCAGCCCCGCCGUGAUCGUCAUGCUGACCGACGAGAGGGGGUACCCCUAUUUCCCAUCCACCGCGUCUCAAACACUGUCCAUCAACACGGCUGACGAAUUCGGCGACGGCUUCUUGGGAACCGUGACGUGUGAGGGCGACGCGGAGCUCUCGGACGACGGCGCGACGGAGAUCAGGAAGCUGGUUUUACGCGUGGAGGGCGAGGAGGAGGAGAAGGUCAUCUGGCACUUGCUGUACACGCAAUGGCCUGAUUUCGGCAUCCCCGCCGAAAACGAGACCGCCUCGCUACUGAAUCUGAUCGCUCUUACCAAAGAAAAGAAUGCCAGCCCCACGAACCCGAAAAUCGUGCACUGUCGCGCGGGCGUGGGGAGGUCGGGGACGUUCAUCGCGCUGGACCAGUUACUGGGUGAGCUUGAGGCGGGGGCGUUUCCGGGGGAUCGGGGCGGUGGGGCUGGUGCUGGUGCUGGUGCUGCGGGGGGGGUUGAGGCGUUUCGGAGGGAUGAUCCGGUGUUUGAGGCUGUGAAUAGCUUGAGGAUGCAGAGGCCGAAUAUGGUGCAGGCAGUGCCGCAGUAUCGGUUUAUUUAUGAGGUACUGAAGAGGGUGUGGGAGGAGAAGUAUGGGAGGAAGCUUGCGGAGGCGGGGGGGGUGGGGAGGCCGAGGAGUACGGGGGGGGUGCCGACGGCGAAGGAUUUGAGGGAGGUGGAUGCGGAGGAUGUUCUUACGGAGUAGGGGGGAGGUUGUCUGUAUUGGUUGUGGUGGAGGGAGGGGAGGGUGGUUUAUUUGAGUUUCCAUGGCGUUUGUUUUAUGCGAGACCGAGCAAGCGGCGAGCGAACAUAGACGGAGCGCUGUAUAUUAGACGGUGCGCUAUAGUGGUCCCGGACAUUUUAGUUCGCGGGUUACGGUGAAUGAGAUAAAUCAACUGAAAUCAUUUCUCAUUACU